AUGAUUAGAGCGUUUGUGAGAUCGAAAGCUGCUGAAAAGCUGCUUGUUCGCCAUAGUUCAUCUUCGACGUCUGCUUUGGCCUACAAGCAAUUGCACAAGAACAAGAUCAGUCCUCCCUUACCCACUUUGGAGACACCUUCCUGGAGUGCAAAAUCAGCGGUAUCUUCCAUAAUUUACGAAACGCCCACGCCAUCACGCACGACACGCAAACAGCAUGUCUUGAACUGCUUGGUCCAAAAUGAACCUGGUGUUCUGUCCAGAAUCAGUGGCACUCUUGCGGCUAGAGGCUUUAAUAUCGAUUCUCUUGUGGUGUGCAACACCGAAGUCAAAGAUCUGAGCAGAAUGACGAUCGUUUUGCAGGGCCAGGAUGGGGUCAUCGAACAAGCGAGGCGUCAAAUCGAAGACCUCGUACCAGUCUAUGCAGUUUUGGACUAUUCCAACGCCGACAUUAUUAAGAGAGAGCUCUUAAUGGCUCGUGUCUCUUUACUUGGAGCUGAAUACUUUGAAGAUCUCAUCCAGCACCAUGAAAAGGCUGGCUCGGAAAGUGCAAGUGGUUUAAACGAGACCGUAUCCCAGAUCAGGAACAAACAGUUCCAUCCAUCGAAUUUGCCAUUGAGCGAAAACCUUAGGAUGAAACAUGAGCACCUCGGAAGCAUCACCACUCUUGCUAAGAAUUUCGGAGGCCGCGUCGUGGACAUUAGCGAAUCAAACUGUAUUGUCGAAUUGAGUGCCAAGCCCUCGCGUGUUUCUGCAUUUUUGAAACUAGUGGAGCCCUUUGGUGUGCUAGAAGUCGCCAGAAGUGGUAUGAUGGCUUUGCCAAGAACACCCUUGGAAUCUAAAGGCAACGAAGAACUAGAGGAUCAAAUCAGUGAAAUCGUUGACCUUUCGCAGCUACCUCCUGGUUAG